AUGCAGCCGAAUAAUCGUUGGAAGCCCGCGGCAAAUCUUGAUUUACUGCUGGGCGCGGAACACCCUCCUGCACGUAUUAUUAAAAAAGCUUCAGCCGCCUUCUCCAGUACAGAUGUUGAUGAUGAAGUAGUGGAUGCAAGAAAUACUGUAAGCUUCAGUGGCACAACUUAUUGUAAUCGACAGGAUAACAGUUACUCGACUACUCGACAACGACUAAUGGAGUAUUACCGUUUCAUGUUCUCCAAAAUACCCCUUUGGGAUCAGGCCUCACAAUUGGGUGUGGAAAAGAAGGAAGAAGCGGAGAGUUCCGUAGUAAAGAGUGAAGUUGAUACUGAAGAUGUGAAUUAUUCUAAUGGCCAUACACCAUCAAUGCUGCAGUACAGGGCAUUAGGUAUUCUCACACAGACAAACGAUCCAGGCGCUGUGGGACAAGAUCUACAAAUUCCAUGGGAAUUUUAUCCUAUUAUGGAUGUGGAUGAUGAAGGGGCAUAUAUAGAGGCUUUUAAAGCUCUUACAAAAGAAGCAGCUCACACUACUGGAUUAUUAAAUGUUGAAGUGGAAAAUGAUGAGGAUGGAACAUCAGCAGCAACAACAACAGCAGCUGCAGGAGGAAUGGGAUCAUCUACAGGAGCCGCACUACACUCACUUUCUAAUACUCAUAGUGGUGGAAGACUAUCACUCUAUACACGUUUAAUACCUAAUUUUACCGGCAUUUAUCCUGGUAUACCUAUUGGUGUUGUUGGUGAACCCUUUAAACGAAGUUCUUCGGGUGCUCUUACUGGUAUUUUGGUUCGUCAUUUUAUUUUACCGUCCCGUCCAGAAUAUCCAUGGCAUAUUGAAAGACCCUUAUCUUUACAAUCAUCACACUCAUCUAUUCCUACACGAGUUCAUUUUUGCAGUGGACCUUUCCCUCGUCAUGAAAUUCGAUAUAUUUUAACUGCAGUAACACAGUGUGCCCUUUUACGUGGAGCUGAUCUUUUAAUUAUCGCUGGUCCUCUUGUAAAAGGAUUUGAAGAGUUUGAGAAGGAACUUAUGAUGACCACACAAAGUACUUUUGAUGAAAUGCUUACAGGAUAUAUGGAUACAAUUGAAGAAACCAUAGAAAGGUAUUAUGCAGAGCAAAAUAACGUACGAGUCCAACAUCACUUAAAAGUGGUACUCGUUUCCCAUAGAGAUGAUGUGACACAAAUACCUGUUCUUCCAACGAUCAUGUACGGUUUGGAAGAUGGGGCAGAUGUCUGGGUUCGCUCUAACCCAUGUCGUAUCACUGUAAAUGGUAUUCAUUUUGGUGUUUGUAAUGAAGAUGUGGUGGGGGAUAUGCGGGAACGAAUGGUGGAGCGGUGGGGAACGGAAACGGGAAGUCUCCGUCGUGUAGUGGAAUCACUUGUGUUAAGUCGAUUGUAUGCUCCUAUUUAUGAAUUACCCGCGGAAAAACAUGAAAUUCGACAUCUUUCUACACUUCGUAUGGAUUAUAUGCCAAAUACUUCUCAAGGUACGGAUGCUAAUGGAGAAGAAAAACCACUUUCAUGGAAUAGUUUACAAUCUCUUAUUCAAGAAGAAGAAGAAAACACAGCAGGUGAUGUGAAGAGGGAAACAAAACGUGUCAAGGGAGAGUCUACGGAGACAUCAUUUCCAUCUCAUCAUUAUUACAGCAAUGCAUCUUCAGUUGAGUAUAUGCCACACAUAAUGUUUCUUCCCUCAACACGACCGAGGUUUGCAAUGGUGACUCACCGUAGUGUGUGGGAUGCGAGUGUUGGUAUUCGGCGAGAUGAGUCCUUGUUAGAUGAUACUUCCACAGCAACAGGAGUAUUGGUAGUAAAUCAGGAGAUCUGGAGUAGACGAUCCGCCCGAAAGUUUGAGUUACGUGUGGCAGAGGUUACAAUACCAGACAGUGAUUGUGUUAUGCGCCGGGGAGCAUCAGAGGCGAAUGGAGUCUCAUGUGGUUUAAUUUACUUUGCUAACAACACAGCAGCAUAG